CACAGUCACUCCGCUGCGAGCCGGCACUCUGCGCCGUCCCCUGCCGCGGCGCCCCGAGCGAGCGGGGCCCUUGAUGGCGCGGGUCGGCGGCCGGGGGCGCCGCUGACGGCAGGCGCGAGGCACCGAGGAGAGCCCGAGCCGGCCCCUCCCGCCCACCUCCGCCGGCAAGCUCUGUGCCCCCAAACCCCGGGCCCUCUGCGGGAAUGUUCAAAAAUGAGUACCAGGGAGGUGCAUUUGUUGAAAUCUUCAGUGCUCAGGGGAAAAAUCCUGGAGCAAAAUGGAAGAUUUUUGGCAGUCCAUCUGUGAUUUGGAAAGAGUUUGAUAAAGAAGUUAAAAGUUUUGUAUUUAUCCUGGAAGGCAGCAGCCAAACCAACAGAAUUCAGUUACCAAAGGAGAAUAAGCAAAUACUUGGACUGAUCCAGAGGUUUCUUGUACUUCAGAUUUACAUACCCCUGGGACAGGACUUCUCCACUGAAUUACUAAUUACUGAUUUAGGAAACAUCAAAAGAAGAUUGUAUUUAUCAACCGUCCAUAAGGAACUGUCCUCAACCCCUCUUCAUGCAAAAAUCCCACUCUUCAUGAUCAAGCGUAAAAUUUGGUGCAAUCUGUGCAUUGACUUGGUUGCAUUCACCAGUGAGAUAUUCAAGGGAGCAGUUUUCCAGUCGUUGGACGGAAUUAUUGUUUCUGCUAACUGUAAGCUUCGGAAGAUCUUCACUUUAAAAUCAAAGCCUCGAGAAACUGCUGAUAAAGAUGAUGAACCCACAGAUAUGAUUCCACGAAGCUGUCAACUUGCAACAGAUGUUCCUCAUGUCACACAGCUGCUAAACAUGACAAAAGUCUGCCAAACUGAAAUAAAAUUUAGAGGUCAUCAUCUAAGAUCAGCAGAAUCAGACCAGUUCAUCAACAGAGGGGGAGGCAGCAUCCGGAACAGUAAAAGUCAAGAUGUUUGCCAUAUUGCCUUCGGGUCCAGGGUCCUCGGACCACCUCCACUCUCUGGCAGACGUAAUAACCUGAGGCUCUCCAGUGAGACAGUAAGAUCCAUUGGGUACAAAAAUAGCCAGUUGUGCCAACAGCCUACAGCAGAGAAGCAUGUUAACACUGCACAAGGGUCAGCCUUGCUGAUCCCUGAGCCUAGGCAGCAAGGAGAGAAAGGAAAUAUACAUCAAGUGAAGCAGACAGUGCCUAUUCCAGCAUCAGCAGGUCAGAGCAACAACAGGAGAGCUUGCUUGAAAAGCACCAGCGGAGAAAACACAGAGGCACACUGUGGUAGUUCCUGGGAAAAUAACAGGAAUGAAGAGGAAGUGGCCAUCACCCUCAACAGCAUCGUUCAGCCAAGGACAGAGCCAGUAAGUUCCAGUACUCCAGAACCCCAGGCUCCUGACCAACCAGAUGAGUGGAUAUUUCCCGAAAGUGCUGCUCUGACUUCUGACCCAGCAUGUGGCAGUCUGUCAUUGCUCCUAGAUGGGGACUCAUGCAUUGCUUCACACCUUCGGCUAGAAACCAGCAAGGACCAUGAACCUGACCAAGCAGAGGAAACCCAGGUGGCUCCCAAGGACGUUUUCACCUUUUCAUCUAGACCAAGAUCAGCACCUCAUGGGAAGAGUCAUGAUAUGUCCCCAAAGGAGUAUCCAUUUAUUCUGGACCCAAGAGAGGACAACAGUGUGACAAGGAGAGACACCCAUUUGGAAGACGAUUUUUAUGGCACUGACAGCAGUGAAGAGGAAUACAACUGGAGGAACUACCAGCCCAGCCAGAUGAGUGAAUGUGAGCUGCAGAUGCUAGCAAGCCUCCGUCGGCAGCAGAAUGAAGACCUGGAAGACACUGGGGCUCCUCAUGGCCUGAGUGCAUCCCAGGUGGACAACUGUAAUGUUAGCAUCAGUACCAGCAGUGAUGACACAACCACAUGGAACUCUUGUCUGCCACCUCCUGUCAACCAGGGCCGUCACUAUCAGAAAGAAAUGAAUCCACCUUCUCCAUCAAAUCCUCGAGACUGGUUGAACAUGCUGAGCCCACCAAUUGUCCCUCCCAGUCAGCAGCCAGUGGAGCAGCCUCUGGAGUCCUCUACAAGUGUGAGUGUGCAAGGCACCAGUUUGCUGAAGACCAGAGAUGAGUGGUUCACCUCCAUCAUGCCAGUGUGCUUGAAUUUCUCCCUCUCGGAAGGAUGCUGGAAAAAGACUCUCCAGGCAACUGGUGAAGAGGACCUGAGCGCAGAAGAAGAUGAGGAAGUGCUAACUCUGUUGUAUGACCCAUGUCUCAACUGCUACUUUGACCCUCAGACUGGGAAAUACUAUGAGCUGGUGUAGCUCCCACCCCCGGGGCAAAAAGCAGCCACAGCAGAUGGAACAUGCCAGCUGCAUGAUGUCCACAGUGGGCACCGGGACCUGUGUAGGUGGGCCCAAGGAGUCCAAAGGAUUGGAAAGAAGUUCUUUGUAGAUAAUGUUCAAUGUUAAGAAUGCCUGCAUUCUCUUUGUAGCUAUGUGUGACUUGAAACUUGUGAAGGAAUUAAUACAGACACCAGAUUUCAGGUUUUGAAUUUGCUCUUAGUUGUUCAUUCCCAUCCUCUUAAGUCUCAUUAUGUUAUAUAAACAAAUUAAGAAUUACUUGUUCAAAUUUUUCCAGUGUUAAUCUGUAAUAAAUGAUGGCUUGAUACACUUACAGAAAGUAUAUUCUUGUUUAAAAGAUGUCUGAAACCUUUUUUAUAGUUUUUUGUAUUAAAAAUAAAGUGUAGUGGUCAAAAGGCCACUUCCUUUUUUC